AUGACGGAUAUACCUCUGCGUGAAAGCGGUGUGUCGACUUGGGAAGCCCGGAAGAGUCCCACUGGAUGGCCUGGGGCGGGUGUGGCGGACAGGAGUCUGAAUCUCUUGUGUCUCGAUGGAGGCGGGAUCAAAGGUCUUUCCUCUUUAUACAUUCUGGAGAAGAUUCUGGCGAUCAAGUCUCGCCGUGGUGAGGAGCCCCGACCAUGCGAAUACUUCCACAUGAUCGGCGGGACGAGUACUGGAGGGCUGAUCGCGAUAAUGCUUGGCCGGCUAGAAAUGUCAGUAGAAGCGUGCAUUGAAGCCUAUGUCGAAUUAGCUGGCGAGGUAUUUGGCACCAGGAAACAUCGGUGGGGAUUCGAUAUCUUCCUCCACGAACAAGAGAAAUACGAUAGCGAAAUUCUGAAGCGAGCCAUUCAAAGAGUGGUGGAUCGGAGAGGACUCGACAAGGACGCGCUGAUGAAAGAAUGGGGUUCGGACUGUGCAACUUUCGUAUGCGCUACAGCAGCAGAUGCGGUUGGUGGGACCACUGUAUGCUUCCGCAAUUAUCCCCCACGAGCGGACACUGCACAUCUAUACAAUACGACGAAGAUUUGGGAGGCAGCCAGAGCCACAUCGGCAGCGACUACGUUCUUCGACCCCAUCGAGAUUGGGCGGCAUGGGGAAACAUUCGUGGACGGAGGACUCGGCGCGAACAACCCCAUCAACGAAAUGUGGAGAGAGGCAUCCGACUUCUUCUGCCCGGGCGGUCGUCUAGAAGAUAAGAUCGCUUGCCUGGUGUCGAUUGGUACCGGUGUCGACUCGCUCCAAAGCUUGAAGGGAUCUGUGAAAGGAACUGUGAAGACUCUUGUUGCAAUGUCAACGGAGACGGAGAGGACGCACCAGGCGUUUCAGAACCAGCAUCCGGAGUUGUGUAGCUCGAGCAGAUAUUUUCGGUUCAAUGUCCCCGAGCUGAGUGAGAUUGGUAUGGACAAAGCGAAGAAGCAGAAGACGGUCGCUGCACAGACUCGCAAUUAUGUGAUGAAGUUCGACGUGCAUGAGCGGAUCGAGCAGUGUGCCGGUGCGAUGGCGGAGGGGAAUGUGUUUAGUUAG